GUCUCUUUGUUGAGUCGAUGGCUGUCAAAAAACGAUUGUCGGUCAAAAGUAAACAUUUCAAUUUUCAACCGGAUUGUUUUUAUUGUUUUCCUCAAGCAAUUUAAGAAGAAGAAAAAGAAGUUUUUAUUGUUUUCAACCGGAUUGAAAAAAUGAAAAUUACAUUCUAUUGAACUUGCGACCUUUUUUCUUUCAAUACUUCUGGGAUUUAUUAUUUUAUAUUUAUACGACACGAAAAGAAAAAUAACUCAGGAAUUAUCAGUGUUUUUGUAAGAAAUGGAUGAUCCAAUGACAUUAAAGAGACCAAAGGCGAAGGAAAACGAAGAUGAUUUACUACGAAUGCAGGAGGAAUUUCUCCAGUCGAAUACUAAACCAUCAGUAAAUAUUUCUUCAGAUCAAUCAAGUAAUCAAAAUAAAUGUUCCAAGCGAACGUCAAAGUUCGCUUUAAGUAAAAAAUUGAAAACCAACUCCAAAGAUGAUCCAAACUUAGAAAUUUCUCCUUCGACUUUCAUUCUUGGUAACAUUGUCGAAAGAAAUGCAUCGGACCAAUUUUAUCCCAUAUUUAAAAACGAAGCAAGUUCUUCAAAAACUGGUUUCCCGUCUAUUUUCAUUUCUGAAGAAUCGAAGGGAAAUAAGGAAGGAAGUUUAUUUAUGCAAGCACUUUCAAAAGAGGGGAAAAUAAAUAAACCUUCAAAAGAGGGGAAAAUUGAUGUUAAAUUUGAAGAUUAUGGUCUGAUGACAGAGGAGGAUAUUCUUCGUGAAAAGAGAAAGUUGGAAUCGACAUUGAAUCCGAGUUUAAUAGAAUUUAUCAAGCGGAGAAAGAGGGAAAAGGAACGAUCCGAUGACUCACGAAUCAAAAAAGAGGUGAAAUUUCAAAGUUUGACUGAAUCGAAGAGGGAGGAAAUUCCGGAAAAAAGUUCAAACGAAUCGAAGAGCGAGGAACUUCCGGAGAUGAUGGAGGAAAUUUUCACCGAGGCGAAGAGAAAUAAUUGGGUCCAUAUGGACGUUGUCGAGAAGGAGAAGACAAAAUGGAUGGAGGAGGUUAAGAAAAGUGAAGAGAUCGAUAGGAACGAACCGUAUAAUGCUCGUUUUGAUUUUAAUGGAAUUCUGCUUCCGUUCAAUGACGAUAGUAUCACGAUUGACAAGGGUUUACAUCACCAUGGAGAUGAGCCGGAACGUCCUGGAUAUUCACUGCAGGAAUUACUUCAACUUACCCGUUCGUCAUCUCUUCAGCAACGUUCAAUCGCUCUGCAAACUUUGGCAAACAUCAUCGAGAAGAGUCGACGAGGUUGGUACGAUUCCGUUCUCCAUCCAGCACCACUCUCAGCUCUGAAUGAAAAAAACCUACUUCUUUUGUUACGUUUCUCGAUUGACGAUUCAUCGACUCCUGUCGUCACCUCAGCUCUACAAGCGCUUAGAAAUUUUCUCUAUAACGAAGAAGACGAGGUUUGUCUAGAUCGUUAUUUUGGACUUGACGAUUUUUCCGAACCGAUUCUCAAACCUGAGUUGGAGAAGGACUUGGAUUUGGCAGCUCUCAAGGAUCACGAACUUGCUCGUUUGGACACCGUCGCAACUUGUUUUCGAUCGGACCUUGUGCCGAGAAUUCGGUACAUUUUGAGUGAUAUGCACCCACCGCCGAUUGGUGUUUCUUCGUGUUUGGAAAUUUUGAUUCGGUUAUGUAGACACUCGGUGGAAAUGGCAUUGAAUAUUCUUGGGGUUGAAAAUUUGCUGGAGGUGAUUAGUAGAAAUUUUGUUCCCUUGACGAGUCGUAAGUUGAUUGAUAGGGAGAAUGUGACGGAUGCUUACGGUGUUCCGAUAAUUAGUGCACUGAGAUUUUUUCGGAUUCUUGUAACGUAUGCGGGAAGACCGGCAGUGGAGAAACUUUGUCGAUUGAAUUUGGUCGGUUCGAUUAUUUCCUACUUGGGCUGUGAGGCUGGAUCUAGUGGAACUUUUCUGUAUAUCGAGUGUCUACGACUUUGGAAACUUAUUUUGCUUCAUGGUUUUACGCACGAUGCGCUCAGUGGUUCGAGAAUUAUUUUGCAAUCCCAAGAGAAGAUUUGUUUUGAAAAACUUAAUAUUGGAGAGGCUUCGGAAUUAUUUUGUGAACACGCGGCAGCUUUAUUGUCGGUGGUGAGUCAUGAGGAUUCAUUUCGAUCGGAUAUUUUGCUGUCGUUGAAGAAGUGGAGUACACAAUUAUCUAGUGCUACGUCGCCAACUUGGGGAAAUAUGAAAUUGAUUCUUCAGGUUUUGUUGGCUUUUGAAGAAUUUUCGGAGGGGUCGUUUCAAUUUAAAUGGUUGUUGAAUUCGAAAAUUUUCGAAAGUUUGAAUUCGACGUCGAAUUUAUUGAGUGGAUUGACGAAUGCGAAGGAGAGAAGUCCUUCUUCUUUGCCUUCUCUCGGGGCUUUGACAGAAAAUGGUCAAUUGCAGCCGAUAUUGUCGCAGAGCUCCUCUUUUUCUUUUCUAUCCCAAGCGUUGCAAUUUUUUACCAAAUUUUCCCAUAGAACCGAAAUUGAGUUGUUCUUCACUCAGGGAGAUUUUAUCAAAUACAUUACUUCGCUCUCAACUUCCGAAUGGUCGUUGGAGAAUUCCUGGUUCACUCGACUAGAAUUCAAUUUUCUGACAAAUGUGAUAAAAGCAGCGAAAGUAUUUCCAGAAAUUUCGGAGAAAAUGAAAAAUACUCUCUGGAUUUUGUCUAUGAAAUUGAUUUCCGCUUUGCCGGGAGAUUUCUCCUCGCAGACGAGAGAAAUUUUGCACUUUAUGUUAGAUCCGAAAAAAAUGAGUGUUCAGGAAAUUUUGAGCAAUCUUCAAGAUUUGAACAUAGCGAACGAAAAUCAGAUUUGUGUAAAUUUAUCUGUUGAAUUAAUAACAAUUUACGAGAGUUAUAUUCCUGUGAAGGGAAAUUGGGGACAGACGGCAUUGCCAAAAGAUUGGAUCUUUUUACCAUUGAUCGACACUUAUAGGAAUUUGAAAAUUUCCCAUCAAGUUGAGAAAAAAGAUAAGGAGAAAAUUAUGUUUGUUUUGAAUUUAUAUUUGGGACUUCCGGAAUUAGUUGAGAAUUUAACACCAAAUUUACAGUUUAGUCGAUUAAUUCUUGUUUUUCUCUGCGGAACGGUGUUUAAUGAGAAAAAUAUUUCGCCCCUCAUUGAAAGUGUUAUGUCAACUUUUUUUAGGAAACACAAUAAAAAGUUGAAUUUAACGAAAGAUGUUCCGGGUUUAAGUUCAUUCACCGAUAUGUUCACGGCUUUGUGUGAAAAUUUUUUCUCGCAUUCCUAUGGUAAUAAUUAUUUUACUCUUGUACUUUUGACAUUUAUCUCACAACGGCAGGACGUUCAUUAUAGAAAAAUGUUGUGGUCUGAACAUGCAGGAACUUUGCGAUAUAUCAAAAUAACAAUUGAUAAAUUGUUAUGUUCCAUUGAUGAAUUUUUGUAUCCGAUUGAAACGGACGUUUCGUUGAUUAAUUGUUACAUUUCUUCGUUGCUUUGGGGGACUGUUAAAAAAGAAUGGUGCUCCCUUCCGUAUAUUAUUGCCUUACAUCACAGUGGAAUGUUUUUGAAAAAUUCAAAUCAAUUGGCACUUCAAAUGAAAAGUCGAUUGGAGAAGUUAGAGCGAUCGGAAAUUAUUGACGAAAUUUUAAAUUAUGAUCCGAGUAGAAUAGAAAAUUCAAAGAAUCAAUGAAUUAAACAUUCAAUUUCGAAAAAUGUGAAGAUAUUUUGUAAAACUUUAAUAAAAAUAUAUUUUGUAUA